AUGAAAAGCCCAAAACAAUCCAACGGCACACUGCUCCCACGGCCGGCCCGGUACCGCUUGGGUGCACCGCGCGCACCGCCGCCGCCGGUCUGCGGCCGCGGCGAGAGGGAUCCAUUGUUUGCGCCCGCCGCGCUGCCCGUCCGCGUCGGCGACGGACUGUUGAGCGCGCUGCUGUGCCCACUGUUGCCGCCGCCGCUGCCGCCGUUGGGCAUCAGCGUGUACGCCGACGGGUCGAGCAUCGACACGCGCAUCGGGUGGCUGUUGGAGCCGCUGCUGAUGCUGGUGCUAGCAGCACGCUGCGACGGCGGCGGCGGCGGCGGCGGCGGCGGCGGCAGGUUGGCAGACGACGACGACGCGGCCAGUGUGCCGUUGCCGUACGGCGACGCAGAAGGCGCUGCUGCCGCCGGGGGUGGCGGCGGUGGCGGCGGCGCGGGCGGCGGCGCCGACGAGAAGGACGACGACGGCGAGUGCGACGGGGCAGCCGGCGGAGGCGGUGCCGAGGGAGGCGGUGGUGGCCGCGAGGGCGCACUGUUGCUCGGAGGCGGCGGCGGGGGAGGAGGAGGCGGCGACGCUGGCUGGUACGGCGGAGAGGACGGCAUCGCACUCGGCGGCGGCGGUGGAGGAGGUGGAGCAGGCGGUGCGGCGGCACCAAAGGACGACGGAGGUGGCGGCGGAGGCGGUGCGGGCGGUGCCGAAGGCACGGGAGGCGCGGCAGCCGAGGGAAUGGGCGGCGCAGAGCCCGUGGGUGGCGGCGAGGCCAGGCUCGACGAGGGCUUUCUGGACCCGGGCGGCGGCGGCGGCUUCUUGCCAAUGGGCGGCGGAGGGCCCUUGCUGCCCAUGAUAAUCUGCGAGGCAGACGACACAGGGCGGUCGCCACGCGCCGACACCUUGCGCAGGUUGGAGAUGGACGGGUGGAAGCCGGCGCCGAGCGGGUUGCCGGGCGCAGGCACUGCAGGGCGGCCGGGCGGCUUCGGUGCAGCGCCACCGGGUGGCUUUGGUGCGCCAAACGCAGGCGGCCGCGGCGGUGCGGCGGACGCGCGCGAGUCUUCGGGGUCGGACAAGUACGAGGCGGUCGUAUCAGCUGCGAUGGUUAGCAUGGGCGUCGAGUCGAGUCGCGUGCCCUGCAAAGAGGGCACAGGGGCUCCACUGACCUCCUGUAUUGACGCCGCCGCCGGUCUUGCGCAGUUUGGGGAUGCCGCCAGAGAAGAGACCGGCCAGCUGCGGUGGUCCAGCACUGUCCAUGCCGCCCUGGUCGCUGUUGCUGCGAGCACGGUUGCCCGCAGCGGGCGGUGCCAGGCCGCCACCUGGCCGCGGAGGAGCGCCGCCCGGGAUCGGAGGAGCACCGGCCACCGGCAACGAGCCCGAACCGCCGCCGGACGACUUGCUGAGGGCGGACCGCCAGGCGGUGGUGGCGGCGGUGGCGGCGGAGGCAUGCCGGACAUGCCGCCCGGGGGAGGGGGUGGCGGAGGCGGCGGAGGCGGCGGCAUCGUUGCUGUGGGACGCGGACGAGCAGAAGACGUCGACGCCGAGAGGGGCAGCUGUUGGGACACAAAAUCGUUUAUCUUUUCGUCAAUCAAAGGGAGCGCGUGCCGCCUGGCGUGGUCGACGGCAGGCCGCUCAGGGGGUUGCUGCCGGUCCUAUCGUCGAGACCUGCGUAAGAAAUGA